AUGCAGGGCACGCGUAAAAUGCAGCUGCUGGGGCAGCAUCUGAUGAGGAGAGUCAAAUGGAGCAGCGCCGCCGUCGUGCCAUACUCCACGAAAAUAAGUCCAGUGGAAAUCUCCAAAAUUCUGGAGAAGAAAUUCGAACACUUCGAUUUUAAGACGUCCGCGAACGAAGUGGGAUAUGUGUUAAGUGUAGGGGACGGGAUAUGCAGAGCCUUCGGAUUGAAUAAUGUGAAGUCAUCGGAGCUGCUAGAAAUCCACAACAGUGAUGCAUCUGCAGGGGGGGGCUCAGACGUCACGUAUGGAAUGGCGACAAACCUGGAAUACGAUAACGUCGGGGUAGUUAUCUUCGGAAAUGACAGAAACAUAAAAGAAGGAGACAUAAUAAAACGGACCAACAGGAUUAUCGACGUGAGUGUAGGUCCUGAAUUACUCGGUCGAGUCGUAGACGGGUUAGGAAAAGAGAUUGAUGGAGGGAAGCCCAUUGAGACAAAGGAGAAGAGGAAGAUAGAAAUAAAGGCACCUGGAAUCAUUGCACGUAAGAGCGUAAACGAGUCUAUCAUUACGGGAAUAAAGUGUAUUGAUAGUUUAGUCCCCAUAGGAAGAGGACAGAGAGAGUUAAUCAUAGGGGAUAGACAAACAGGCAAGACAGCCAUAGCAGUGGAUACCAUCAUUCAUCAGAAAAAUAUUAAUGAACAAGUGCCGGACAAUGAGAAAGUGUACUGUAUUUAUGUUGCCAUUGGACAGAAAAAAAGCAACAUUGCAAAAUUGGUGAAUCUUCUAAAAAAAUACGAUGCGUUGAAAUAUACCAUCAUCGUGAAUUCGAGCGCGUCGGAUGCUUCUCCCCUUCAGUUCUUAGCUCCAUACACCGGAUGUGCUAUGGCAGAAUACUUUCGAGACAAUGGGAAACAUGCGCUGAUUAUCUUCGAUGACUUGAGUAAACAGGCAGUUGCUUAUAGACAACUGUCCCUCCUUCUGAGGAGACCACCAGGGAGAGAAGCCUACCCAGGGGAUAUCUUCUACAUUCACUCGAAGCUGCUCGAGAGGUCCUCAAAACUGAACGACAGUCUGAAGGGGGGAAGUCUCACAGCGUUGCCAAUCAUAGAGACGCUAAACAACGAUGUGUCGGCUUACAUUCCCACGAAUGUCAUUUCGAUAACAGAUGGACAGAUUUUUCUCGAGAGCGAACUGUUUUACAAAGGAAUAAUUCCAGCGAUUAAUGUCGGAUUGAGUGUCUCUCGGAUAGGAAGUAGUGCCCAAUAUAAGUGUAUGAAGAAACUAGCUUCCUCUAUGAAGUUAGAACUGGCUCAGUUCCGUGAGAUCGUCGCCUUUUCUCAGUUCGGCUCAGACUUAGAUGCUUCAACGAAGAAGCUCAUCGAGAAGGGGAAGAUCUUAACGGAGAUACUAAAGCAGAAGCAAUACUCCCCCGUCAGCAUCAGCUACCAGAUUUGCCUCAUCUAUGCCGCAACGAAAGAUUACCUCGCUAGUCUUAGCAUCGAAAAGGUGCAAGACUUUGAGAAGCGAUACUUUGAGUACCUCGAUAGCAACUACGCCGAUGUGCUGAGGAAGAUCCAGACCAACUGCGACUUGGGUGAGGUGGAGGACCAGAUCAAGGAGAGCAUCGAGCGCUUCCUCGAGCUGUACAAGGGGGAGGCCUGA